GGUUUACGAAGAAUAAACCCUAAACCCUACGCCAAGCCCCCAAUACUCGAAGCAUCUACAUACCAGAGAAAAUGGCCCUGAAUUCUGUGCUUCGUAGAGUCUGCUCAUCGGUGGUUCCUCUUGCUGUGCGCACCGUCGGGUCUCCGAGAACCUACCACCGUGCAAUUUCCGCUGUUCUCAGCAAUAGCAAGGGCAGUCUUGACCGCGAGGUCUGUCGGCGAGGCUUUGUCCGAUUUCUGGAAUUCUCUACUGCCAGCGCCACAAAACCGAGCUCCGAGGAGAGGUUUCUUCGAGUCCUUGAAUCAGAGAUUGAAUGCGCCGAAGAUGGGGAGCUGGAGGAUAUCCCAGUUGAUUUCCCUUUUGAAAUCGAAGACCAACCCGGAGAAAGAACUAUACUACUAAAAAGAAAUUAUGAAGGCGAAAACAUAACAGUUGAAGUUGACAUGCCUACUGAGACUGAUGAUGGUGGUGAUGAGGCUGGUGGUGAUGAGGAUGCUGAGAACCCAACUAGUAUUCCAUUGGUUGUGAACAUUUCAAAAGGAAAUGGUACCUCUCUGGAAUUUGGCGUCACUGCUUUUGUCGAUGAGAUCACAAUUGACAGCUUGUCAAUUAAGCAGCCAGAACAUUCUGAAGAUGAGCUUGCAUAUGAAGGGCCUGAUUUCAAUGAUUUGGAUGAGCAAUUGCAAAAGAGUUUACACAGGUAUCUUGAGGUCAGAGGGAUCAAACCCAGCACAACCAACUACUUGUUUUCGUACAUGCAGAAUAAAGAUGACAAAGAGUAUAAGCAAUGGUUGAAAAACCUCAAGAAUUUCAUUGAAAAGUGAUUUGGCUUGCAAAAUAGAGCAUGCAUAUUUUUGAUUUGACAAAUGGAUGUUGGAGACUCGAAGUCGGAUUUUUCUACUGAAUUAUUUUACUUUUCAUGUGUUUUUAUUAUUUGGUUUGAACUUGUAUGAGGUAUGGGGAGAUGAAAUCCAUGAAUCCGUAAUAAUCAUGGUAGACGGAUUGAUGUAUUUUAGAGCAAAGUGAUGUGUUGGACAUGUUUGUAGUCCAAAGUAAUCUCUUAUUUGUCUCUAUUGACGUUUUUUA